UUCAAACACCAAAUAUAUUUCCACAACUAAUGUUCAUGGACUCCAUAACUAGAAGAACUUUUUGGUCAUGGGGGCUGCUUGUUGUAGUGCUAGCUACUAUUGUCAUUUCCAUUUGUGAAGCUCAAGACUCUACUACUAUAGUCCCGGCCGUCAUUAGCUUUGGUGACUCUGCGGUCGAUGUGGGCAACAACAACUACCUCCCCACCAUCUUCAAAGCUAAUUACCCACCCUAUGGUCGCGACUUUGCUAACCAUCAACCUACCGGAAGAUUUUGCAAUGGCAAACUUGCUACCGACAUCACCGCUGAGACCCUGGGAUUCAAAAAGUACGCACCAGCAUAUCUCAGCCCCGAAGCUAGCGGAAAGAAUCUUCUGAUCGGAGCCAACUUUGCAUCUGCUGGAUCUGGUUACGAUGAUAAGACCUCCAUUAAUAGCCAUGCAAUACCCUUAUCACAACAACUACAAUACUACAAAGAGUAUCAGGGCAAACUAGCCCAAGUUGCAGGAAGUAGCAAAUCAGCUUCCAUUAUCAAAGAUUCAUUGUACUUGCUGAGCGCGGGCAACAGCGAUUUUGUUCAGAACUACUAUGUUAAUCCUUUUAUUAACAAAGUCUAUACUCCUGACCAGUACGGAUCUUACUUAGUAGGAAUCUUUACAAGCUUUGUUAAGGAUUUGUAUGGGUUAGGAGCAAGAAGGAUUGGGGUGACAUCACUCCCACCGUUGGGGUGUUUGCCUGCAGUUAGGACUUUGUUUGGAUACCAUGAAAAGGGAUGUGUGGCCAAUAUCAAUACCGAUGCUCAAGCCUUCAACAAGAAAGUAAAUGCAGCUGCAACCCAACUCGGAAAGCAACUUCCCGGUCUCAAGAUUGUUAUUUUCGACAUCUUUCAACCACUCUAUGAUCUUGUGAAAGAUCCUGCUUCUCAAGGUUUUGCGGAGGCUACAAGAGGGUGUUGUGGAACGGGAAGGGUGGAAACAACAGUGUUGUUAUGCAAUCCAAAAUCGAUAGGCACAUGUAGCAACGCCACUCAGUUUGUCUUUUGGGACAGUGUUCAUCCGUCUGAAGCUGCUAAUCAAGUACUUGCUGAUGCGUUGCUCCUCCAAGGGAUCGCACUCAUCAGCUAAUCAUCAUUUUCUGCUGCAUCUUUUUUUAAACUUUGUAUACUCAUUUACAAUGUUCUAUAUUUCAAAACAGGUCUACUUGAGUUUCUAUUACUGUUUAUUACCAAUUCUGUAUUUUCUGCUUAUGUGAAGAAUUUCAAAACACGUGUAAAAGAUAUGUUCAUCCACUGGAACCCAUGUAUAAGAUUUGUACUCAAAUGCUCCAUUUUCUGUUUCCA